UAACCCGGAAGUGGUUAUUACUCUGCAUAGUGUGCUAAUGUAUAUGAGUAUAAAAUACCGUCUGGAAAUUAAGCAUUUCUUGAGUCCGGGUCCAGCUCCGCCCCUGUCAUUUCAUUUAUGACGGACUUCUAUUUCAAGUGUUAGCAGAACUCUGAGUGUGUGGAGACAUGGUGGGCUAUGACCCCGGCUCUCAGGCUGCAGUUCACUCUCCAGAAGCAGCAGCUCUGGCUGGGUCGACUGCUGGACUGGUAACCCGAGCCCUCAUCAGCCCGUUUGACGUCCUGAAAAUCAGAUUUCAGCUGCAGAUUGAGCAAGUGUCAUCACAAAGGCCGCAGGGGAAGUACUGGGGAUUAUUUCAAGCAUCUCGCUGCAUUUACUCUGAGGAGGGGCUGUCUGCUUUCUGGAAGGGCCACAUCCCGGCUCAAAUGCUCUCCAUAUGCUUCGGCGCUGUCCAGUUUGCCAGUUUUGAGUUUCUGACUGAGACGGUCCACAAGUCGACGCCGUAUGACAGCCGAACAGCGGGAGUUCAUUUUGUAUGUGGCGGCUUGGCGGCGUGCUCUGCCACUGUGGUCUGCCAGCCUCUGGACACACUACGGACUCGCUUCGCAGCACAGGGAGAACCCAAGGUGUACAGGAACCUGCGACAUGCUGUGUCUACAAUGUGCCGCUCCGGGGGAGCGCUGACUUUCUACCACGGUCUGUUGCCAACACUCAUGGCCGUGUUUCCUUAUGCUGGGCUGCAGUUCUUCUUCUACAAUGUCUUUAAGGAGCUGUUGGCUCCACCCCCCAAUUCUGGAAAGUCUGGAGGGAACAUGAGAAGCCUGGUCAGUGGCAGUGGAGCUGGAAUAAUCAGCAAAACACUCACUUAUCCCUUUGACCUCUUCAAGAAGAGGCUGCAGGUGAGAGGCUUUGAAGCAGCCAGAGUUCACUUUGGACAGGUGCGGAAUUACAGAGGCUUGGUGGAUUGCAUGGUCCAAAUAGCCCAGGAGGAGGGCGCCCGAGGCUUCUUUAAAGGCCUCUCGCCCAGCCUUGUGAAGGCUGCACUGUCCACGGGCUUCACCUUCUUUUGGUAUGAGUUUUUCCUCAACGCCAUACAGAACCUCAGUGAGAGACAGAAAACAAACAAUAUCAUUAAAACCCCAGAGGAAAGAUAAUGGGAGAGAAAACACUUUGCAUUGUUCUUUGCACUGAAAAACUGGGUAGCUGUUUGGUGGUGGGUUUAUUGUGUUUACGUACAGUAUAAAAAUGAGUCAACACAACCUCGUCAUACUUGUUCUUGUGUCGUCACUACACGUUGUGUUGCACAAGAAAUGCAUUUUUUUAAAAAAAGCAAAAAUGUAUUUAAUAUUUUAUCUUGGGUUUUAGGGAUGAUGGUUUUUAUCUAACAAGCCAAAUGCACUGUUAAUGAAGAUAUUUAACCUUUUAAAAAUGUGUUUGUGCCCAAAUAUCAGUCCAGCACAAAACUUUCAGGUCAUUGUGUUUUUUUUUUUUUAAUAAAUAAAUAAAUAAAAGUUCUUAUGGCUGAA